CACUUCCGGCCGGGUGAUGGGGGGGUGGCGGUGGUGGCCGCCGCUGCCGGAGAGAGGGAGGGCGCGCAGGAGCUGUCGCUGCCGCCGCCCCGGCGCUGGGCGCUGCGGCACCGCCACUUAGCGCUGCUGCCGCGGCGUUGAGAGCUCCCUCCGGCAGCUGGACACGAUGUCCAUGCCACCUCCACGGAGCAGCUGAUCAUGCUGUGCUCCAGAGUGGCAAGAACUCAGCAAGACAUUUCCUGGCAUUUAAAUGCCCCUCAUCUCUGGUAGGGGGUGCCUCUUGCUGGAUAUCAGAGUGCCAGAUGAAGAGACGCUAGGCUGGUGUUAGGCUACUUGACUUGUGACAAAUGAACAGAAUUCUCGGAGGUUAGGGAGAAUUUCCUGCCUUUGCCCUCAGAAGCUGCUUUGGUUAGAAGACAAAUCAGUCAAUUUUAUUGGUGGAUAGUGAAGGAUGAUGGCAGGCAAUAACCAGCUUUGCAUUCGACGUUGGACUACCAAAAACGUGGCAAGGUGGCUGAAGGAAGAAGGCUUCUGUGAAUAUGUGGAUGUUUUGUGCAAUAGACACAGGCUAGAUGGAAUUACACUGCUGACACUCACUGAAUAUGAUUUACGAUCCCCUCCUUUGGAAAUCAAAGUCCUGGGGGACAUCAAAAGGCUAAUGUUGUCCAUACGCAAACUGCAGAAGCAACACAUUGAUGUCCUGGAAGAGCUGGGUUACAACAGCGAUAGUCAUGUUGGCACAGUGUGCCCAAGUGUUGGUUCACUACAGGGUACAGAUUGGUUUUGUAAUGGUGAAGUACCUCGGGACUAUGAUGGACCGAUUACUGACUUGAAUGGUGAUCAGUAUCAAUAUGCAAAUGGAAAAAACAAACACUCUAUGCGAAGACUGGACCCAGAGUAUUGGAAGACAGUUUUAAGUUGUGUGUAUGUCUUCAUAGUGUUUGGCUUUACAUCAUUCGUUAUGGUUAUAGUACAUGAGCGAGUACCUGACAUGCAAACAUAUCCACCUCUACCGGACAUAUUUCUAGAUAGUGUUCCUAGGAUACCAUGGGCUUUUGCUAUGACUGAAGUAUGUGGCGUAAUUCUUUGCUACAUUUGGCUGUUGGUUCUUCUGCUUCACAAACACAGAUCUAUACUUCUGCGAAGACUGUGCAGCCUCAUGGGGACAGUAUUCUUACUACGCUGCAUUACAAUGUUUGUUACCUCACUCUCUGUGCCAGGCCAACACUUGCAGUGUACUGGAAAGUUGUAUGGCAAUGUUUGGGCAAAACUCCAGCGGGCAUUUGCAAUAUGGAGUGGCUUUGGAAUGACUCUGACUGGAGUACAUACGUGUGGAGAUUAUAUGUUCAGCGGCCACACUGUCGUCCUGACCAUGCUCAACUUCUUUGUCACAGAAUAUACACCAAGGAGCUGGAACUUCUUGCAUACCUUAUCCUGGGUCCUGAAUCUCUUUGGAAUCUUCUUCAUUUUGGCUGCACAUGAACAUUAUUCUAUAGAUGUCUUCAUUGCCUUUUACAUCACUACAAGACUCUUUCUGUAUUACCAUACCUUGGCUAAUACUAGAGCAUAUCAACAGAGCAGGAGAGCAAGGAUCUGGUUUCCAAUGUUUUCUUUUUUUGAAUGCAAUGUUAAUGGUACUGUUCCCAAUGAGUAUUGCUGGCCCUUUUCAAAGCCUACUAUACUGAAAAGAUUGAUUGGCUGAAGAGUGUGUGGGUCAAUUCAGAUUUUUAUGAAGUGUUGUGACUGAGAUCCUACAAGGCUAGUUGAGGGGGGGGAAUGUAAAGUGACAUUUUUUCACUCCGUGAUCUCCUCCUCCUUGUCUUGUUCCUUAGAUUCUUAGCCAUAAAAUGGGGUUCCCGUACUUCACAGGGAUGUGUUUUGUUUUCUUGUUGCUUUAAUAGAAAACAGUGCAGGGACCGGUAAAGGCUAUGAGUGAACCGUGAAUAUGAACGAGAAUACUGCUACCCUUAGUAAGGUUCUGCGUGAAUGUUUAAGUAACUGUAACCUCAAAUACGUGCUUGUACUAAAUAUAGGAUACCCUUUACAGGUCCAAAUAACCUCCAUUACCUGACAUGCCAGCCUUUACAUAUACUGACUGAAAAAUUUAGAACUUUAUGAAGAUUUUAUUUUAAAAUGGUCAUAAAUACGAUUUUUUUCAAACUCUGUGUAUGCUUAAAGAUUGAGCAGUACUGUGUCAUAAUGAGGAAAGCAGUAUAGUUCCUUGCUAAAAGAGUCUCUUAACUGUUAAAUAACAAGUCUUAAAGUAUAAUUGACAGCAUAAAUGGUCUGCGUACAGGUUGCCAAAAAUGAAGGUCUGCCUUGUGGCUGUGCAGUGAUGAUGUUUUUUUAAUGAGAGCUUAUUUAGUCUAGUCUAUCAGUUGUCUAUAUGGUUGUUCUAGCACUUGAAAGUUUUCCCUUUUGUGUUUAAAUAAAUGAGUUAAAGUAAAUGCUACAUCCAAUGAAAGUAAAGUUAAUUUAGCUUUAGUGAGUUUAAAGCCACAAAAUAACUUCUUGGUGUGGUUUUAAUUGCUUUAUACCCAAACCUGUGCAUGCUUUUUAGGAGCAGCUCUUUAACAUUGGAAAAACAGAACAGUUAUCUUCGUAUAUCUUACUGUCCCAUAAAUGGACGUGGAAAAUGCAUGUAGUAACUCUUUCAGGAAAAGUAAUACUAGUGAGUAUUGGAAAUAGUGCUCAUAUUGAUGUAUGUUUUAGCACUCUGGUGUCAACAGUAUGGUGAAUAUCUCUGGAUAUAUAUAUACACAGUAUAUUUGUUUAUAUAUAAAAACACACACAGUAUAUGUUCUAACAGAUAUGAAAAGAGACUAGUUCUUAAAUUAAGUUGCUCAUUUACUACACUGAAGAAGUACCAUUAGCAGUUGAGUUUUGGUUGUUUAAAAAAAUGAAAAAAGAAUUACAACAAAAACACUCCCAAAACCCCCAAACCAACACUCUGAGUCCAUAAUGCAUAAGCAAGGGUCACACUGUUGGUGAUCUCUUGUGCAGUGGUUUGUAAGGGGACAGUUCUAACAUUGGCUGUAGAGACUUGAAAUUAGAUUUAUGCGAGGUGAAAACUAAUAAGUAAAAGAUGAAAAUCGUAAAAAUGGUAUAGACCUUUUAAUUUGGUUACUGCAAUUUCAGAGUAGGUGGUAUAUGCAAAAGGUAGUGGAAGUCAGCCUUGGAAAGUUACUUGAAGCAUUUCCAGCUUGGUACAAGCUGACUUAAUAGCCACGAUUUACUGACAUUUACAUGGAAAAGAAUCCCUUUGUAAUUUUGCAAGACAGUUUUGUAUUUGGAGAUUUGUAACCUACUGUGGGCUACACCUUGCUGUACUGUGUUCCUUUAUAAACCUGGAUUGUACUAACUUGACUAUCUUCCGCUCCUCGUAGGAUAUUACUUUUGUAACUUAAUUUAGCUCCUGUUCCACAGAGGAAUUGUGCAUCUUAGACUAUCUCUGCCAACUGUAUAGAGCACACAUAUGUUGUACUAUUCUGCAGACUUUUAUAUUUGUAACAUUCCAAUUUUUAAGCAAAAUUGCAAGUUCAGUCUGCCAUAGCCUAAUGGCUCUUCCCAGCCAAAUUGGGGGAGUAUGCUUACACUUAAGGAAAAAAGGACAACAUUUUCUGGAAGAUUUAAAGAUUUCUCAUUUGUUCUUACCUUUCUGAUUUCAGAAAGGCAAUUUGAACAUUCCUCUUGAGGCUUUAUAAUCAAAAGAGCUCUAUUUGUUGAUUUAUAUUUGCCUUUGCAAUGCACACACAGCUAUGAACUCUAGGAAGGCAUCUGUUCUCAGGAUGUGCAGGAUUGUAUUCUGAGUUAUAACACGUGGAGAGGUAUGUGAUUAAACUUGCAAAGCUGUUGGUUCUGAAAAGGACCACGUCAGUGCUAAGUGGCAUAGCUGUAUCUAACCUAAAAAAUUAUUUUGCAACUUAGACAUGCAGGAGAAUUUUCAAGUACAGCCCAGUGUAAUAAUGUUUACAUAAAGCAAAGCUAUCAUUUCAAUACUUUUUUUUUUAAAUUAAGUUCAUGUACUUUGAAACAUAAAGCUUCUCUCUUUGUUCUAAUUUAAUUUUUCAAAUUCUGUUAAGUAAAUCCAUGUUUUAAAUCAGCAUUGCCUAUCAGUGUUAUUUAAAGGAAACUUGUUCUUUUGUGCUGUUCCUCUUGAUACUGAAUAUCUGAGUCUGAGAUAAAUAAUGUACAGAGGCUGAUUUUUGUGAGCAUUGAAGUGGGUUAGAAAAUUGUUAGGAUAAUUGUCCUCUGCUAUUUUGGAAGUUAAUUUUGUCUUUCUAUAAACGUGCAAGAGGAAGGCUUGAAAUGAUAGAAGACAAAAAAAUCUGAUUUGAUGUGCAAAAAAGCACAAGUCAUUCUGUAAAGUUGGUAAUGUAAAGUUUAUUGUUAAAUAGAUGGAAACAAGUUGCAAGUAACUGGCUGGCUUAAAAUUAUGUACCUCCUUUUUAAAAAGACAGUGUUUCAAAGGCAUUUUGCAGCAUCUCUGCUGCUAAGAAGCCUUUUUAAUUAAAGGCAGAAGAGCAUCGUUGGGCUUUGGAUUUAAUGCUAAGUAUGUUCAGGGUUGUCGUCCUCCCUUACAUUCACGCACCAGUCUUUUUGCUGUCCUUUAACUUGCUGUGUCUGUUUUGUGCAAAGUCAUCUUCUGCGGUCUGUGGGAGUGCACACAAUCUGAAUUCAGAGAAGUGAAUGAAUUGUUGUAUUAUGUCAGCAAGUGUCUAACAAGAUUAGUGCACAGAGUGCACAAGCUAAUCAAGUAGAAAAGUCUUAACAAAAUAACUCUGCGUAUACAAAAGAAGGGGAGGGUCACAUUUUUUUGGUAGCUUAAAAAAUCUAGUAAUAUUUGAGACCUGACAGUAGUCUUCAGCUCUUCCUUAUUAUCAGUUUGUGGAUAUGAAUGCACAUAUCUGAAAGCAAUAGACACGGGUAAUCUCCCCUCCUCCCCCCCCCCCCCUUUUUUGUUUCCUUUGUACAUUAUGACAGCUUCCUAGAAUAGCUUUCCUAGACUUUUUGCCUUUAGUUUUUCCUUUUCCUUCCUGGAAGAUCCCUUAAACUAAUGUGGUUUUUUUGACGUUAUACCUGCAUACAGAAAUUAGACUUUCAUAGAUGUGUGUUUUAGCAAAUUCUGAUCUCACCGACAAAAGCUUAUGGAAGGAUCUUUAAGCAAGGUUCCUCCAACUGUUCUUGAAUAAUGAUAUAGAAAACUUCCAUAUAUGUUAAUUAUCUUCGUGUCCUCUGGCAAACAAGGUAACACUUACACAAACUGUUGGUGCAGAAACGUAGAUAGGCCUAAAGUAUUUAAAUGUCCAAGAUCAGCAAGAAUUGGAUCCUGUAAGUAUUCUGCUUGUGGUGAAAAAUGAUAUGCUUAACUUUAGCAAAUCACUAAAUACUCUGACUUCAGUGAAGGUUCCUGUUUUAGUUUGAGUGUUUUCUUGGAUAAGGCCAAGCGCAUGCUGUGUGAUAUGCUGCUACCAUAAUGGGAAUAGGUAAUCCUAUUUUCCCUGAUUUUCCCUGAUUCCCCCCAUGUCUACUAUAGAAGAAAACAUUCCAGUAGAAUUUCAAAGAAAUUAAUACUUAACUGGAUUCUGAGAGCAAAAAAAUACAUCAAAAUAAAACCUUGAUAGUUGGCUGCUAUAAGAAGCAAGAAUCAGUUAAAUGAUUUGAAAAAAACAAAGUUAUUUUUUGGUGCAAGCGGGUUAAAUAAGGUUAUUUGGAAGUAUUGAAACCCUUCAAUGAGGACAAAAACAUAGGUUCCUAUAAUCUUCUUUUCUGUAUGCCUGUGUCACAUGUAGUGCCAAAAAGAGUAUUGAAGGGAAGGGGAAGUGUUGAAGUCAGACAUCAGUACAAGUCUUUUGCAAUCUCCUUGGGGUUUUUUUUAAGCAGUGCUUGCAUGCUUUAGAGCUACACUUACUCAGUACUGUUCAGCUAGUUUUUUGAUGUGCAGGAGUCCACGAGGUUUUCAAGCACCAAAACUAUUGUGGAGCUGAGUCUUAAUCAUUAAAAUACGCAUUUGAAGAAAUAGCAGAUGUCUUGGGGAAAAAAAAAAAGGGAGUAGAUAUUGUGGACCUGGAGUAUAACAAAAGAAAAGUAACCUAUAACAACUUUGAUAGUUUUUCAUCCUGUCCAUGUUGUUUCUACUGAAGAGUCGUGGAGAAUUUGAGUAAUCUACAGACAAUAUUGCUUUUUCUGGGUUUUGUGAACAAUCUACGAUACUUUUAUAAAAAGUCGACCUGUAACUACAAAAGCUAUCAUAGUCUUGUCAAGAUGGACGUAUAUUUGGCAGACAUCCUAGCAGUGAGCCAGCUUACCCUCUGGAUUAUUUUGCGCAUGUAGACUUUAUCAGUCCAGGGUUAAUUGGUAGGGCCACUGAUGAUUCAUACAGAUCACUAUUUCUGAUGUAUCUUUGACAUUGUCACUAUUCUAAUUGAAACAGUAUUUCUGGGGGAAAAAAAAAAAAGUCCUUUAGCGUGAACCUGCGGAUGUUGUCUUCAUUACAUGAAGAAAACCACCCUCUCACAACCCUUCAAACACUAUAGUAUUGUGAACACUGAAUUUCCUAUAUCGCAGUUUCCUGCAUACCUGCCACUUGUAAAGAAGUUUACAGUGAGUAUUAUGUACGUAAUUCAGUGACGUGCAGAUUUUUAAAGCCAGUUUGUAAUGGGUGUGUAAUUACUUAAGAUGAUAAAUGUGGAGCACGAUAACCUGACCUGUUGUUAGCCCAGUGACUGCAUAGCUAGAAAGACUAACUGUUACUUAGUUUUGCUCUUUUGAUUCAGUUUUGUCAAAUAAGAGAAAUUUGUCAAAUGUGAGAAACCACAAACUGCAUUGUACAUGGUACUUAACAUAAUAGGGAUGUAGAAACAUGACUUUUCACACUGAACAGUUACUUCAAUUUUGUUCCAACAGAGAAAAUAGUAUUACCUAAUGGUUAGAAGGUAUGCCAGUGAAGUUUAAAAUGAGUACUGUAAAUAAGUAAAUAUUGUUUUGAUUCUAAACUCAGAUUGAAUUAAUAUAUUGUUUUAUAUCUUUGUUGUAUUAAAACAUAUUUAAAAGUACUAAAAUAAAAUAUUUGAAA